UAUAGAAACAUCCAUUACAGCUUUCACUUGAUUGAGUGGCGUGGACAACAGCUUCGAACGGCCUUCAGCGAUUCGAUGGCGAAUGGGCGCGGCCCAAUCAAAGAUAGGCGUCUAUUUCAUGUCGCUUCCAAAACGGGAUUUACAUUUCUAUACAUAGACACCGCCACCAGCACCUUGCUUUCCUGCGUUCUCAAGCAUGGAUUCCUCAGAACUCUAUCAUAUUAAACAGCAAUUCACUCUCGGUGCUUACAAGUCCCUCGUCGAUCUGACACUGCCGGACCCAAAUUCGCCAGACUACAAUCCAACUCUUAUUUACAAAGCUCGAGCUUACAUUGCGCUUGACAAACCAUCAGAAGCACUAAAGCUUCUUCCAUCUGAAAGCGAGAACCUUGCUUUGAAAGCAGUGAGCGCACUUGCCAAGUACGUCGAAGCAGAGUCCGCAGAACAGGGUGGGGAGUCCAUCCUCGAAGAGCUGCGAGACCUAUGUGUGGAAAUCGAAGGUGAUGAUGUUGAGGCGGACGACAGGGAGAAGGGCCUUGUGAAGGUGCUGGCUGGGACCGCCUUUGCGAGGGCGGGCGAGGUUGAGGAGGCCUUGGAGACACUUGGUGCUGGCACCCAUACAGAGAACUUAGAAGCUGUCUCUGUGAUUGUUCAAAUAUACCUCUCUAUCAACCGCCCAGACUUAGCCACUAAAGAAUUCAACCUGGCAAAACGCUGGGCCGAAGACGACAUUCUCCUCCAACUCAUUGAAUCAUCCAUUGCGUUGGUCACCGGGAAGGACGCUUACUCUGACCCUCAUUCAUUCUACACAGAACAGCUUGCCAACCCUUCUCUCUCUUCACCGCACUUGCUCACUGCCCGUGGGGUGACUCGUCUACUCCGGGGCGAAGUGAGUGCUGCGAAGUCUGACCUUGAGGAGGCUACCGCACAGUUGGGAGGAGCACCUGAUAAGGAGACGUUGGCUGCGUUGACGGUAGCGAAUGGUCUUGGUGCCACAAAGCUAGCGGAUGCCGAGCAAUGCUGGAGUCAACUCAAGAGUCAAUAUCCUACCUUCCCUUUGGUCAAGGAUAUAGAACGAAAGGCUGCGCAGUUCGACGAUUUGGCUUCUAACUUUGAAGUUCCACCACUUGCAGUCGCAUCUGCAUGAUGUAUAAAUAUAUGUCGUCUCUUAUACCAUCUCAUUCUGGAAGCUGUUUGCGUGGCUAGUCCUGCCAUUAGCAGGCAGGUAUUCAGUGGUUGGUUAUUAAAGAUGAGGUAUGAAAAGCAACAAAAAUGUAUCAACGAUGCGCCAAGAAAAUAAGCAACCUGUUAUUGUAUGGUUUCCGCCUACGUUCCCCGUUC